GGCUUAUCGGCAUCGUGCCUACGUCAGUGCUUCACGCGUCCGCCAAGCAGAGAUCACCUGCAGGGCAUCAGCACCGCCACACGACGACAUCACGCCGAGUCUCUGGAACCAGCUUGACAUAGAUUUCCCGCAGACCCUCAAAGACAUCUGCCAGCGCACGCAAGCAGUCCAGACAUCAUGGCGGACCUCGCUGCAGAGAACGCCCGCCCGGGUUCAACUACAAAUUCAGCAACCGCCUCGAAUGCUGCGUCGCGAGCCUCGACGCCAGGCGCAACAGCAGAGAAGCCACCGGAUGACAGCUCCAAAUUCAAGACCUUCUUGGGCAUUUUGCGCAAGUUCAUUGGUGUCUCCGAUCUCGCUGCCGUGCGCUUCUCCCUCCCUGCGCAGCUUCUCGAGCCUCGGCCAAACUUGGAGUACUGGCACUACCUGGACAGGCCAGACACGUUUAUCAGCAUCGGUGACUCUGAUGACGAGCUCGGACGUCUGCUGGGGUGCUUGCGUUUCUGGUUUACAAAGGACCUGAAAUACGUCAAGGGCAAGCCAUGCAAGCCCUACAACUCCACGUUGGGCGAGUUCUUCAGGUGUAAUUGGAAAGUUGAAGACUCCCACCCCAUCUUGAAGACCCCUACCUCGGCUCCCUCGAGCAGCGCCAAUAGCGUGGCCGGCGACGGCAAGACCGUCACAGUCUCCUACCUUACCGAACAGACCUCCCACCACCCUCCCGUGUCUGCCUUCUACAUCGAUUGUCCCGAGAAGGGCAUUAGUGCGAAGGGAUACGACCAGUUGAGCGCCAAGUUCACCGGCACAAGCGUGCGCGUGGUCGCUGGAGCGCAUAACUUGGGCAUCUUCAUCUCUUUGAAGAAUAGGGAUAACGAGGAGUACCAGCUCACACAUCCGGCAGCGUAUCUUGGUGGUAUCCUGCGAGGCUCCCUCAGUGUUUCCGUCGCUGAUACCUGCUACGUUACAUGUCCCAAGACCAAGCUCAAAGUCAUUCUCGAAUACCAAGAAGAAGGCUGGCUAGGCCGCAGUCAGAAUCUGGUCAAGGGAGUGAUCUUCAAAUACGACCCUCAAAACGACACCAUAACUAAGAUCAAGGACGUGUCAGACAAGGAGGUUCUUGCGCGGAUAGAAGGUGCUUGGACAGAUAAGGUCUAUUAUACUCUUGGGAACAAGCCCUUCAACAAGGUCGCCGAGAAGCACCUUAUAAUUGAUCUCAACCCGCUCUUCCCCGUCCCCAAGGUGGUCCCACCGAUGGAAGAGCAGCUCCCGAACGAGUCUCUCAAGUUUUGGGAAGGUGUCACCAACGCCAUUGUUGGGCGACAGUACAACCAGGCCACGACCCUCAAGACCGAGAUCGAAGAGAGGCAGCGACAGAAGGCAGCGGAGCGCAAAGAAGCGAAUAAGGAAUGGCAGCCACGGUUCUUCACCGGCGCUGUCACACCUGUUGGCCGACCAGAUCUGACUCCAGAUGGUGAGGUUGCGCUGAAGGGGCUGCACGAAGAGAACUACCGUCUCGAGCCGAACAAAGAGUACGGCGCAUAGAGGGGGAUUUACAUACACUGGAGUCUGGGGAUGCGUUGGGCGGUUCUUGGACACCUUCGCUUAGUCUGCCUUUGUUUCGGCCUGCGGGAAGCAUGUACAGUUGGCGUUCCGUUGGUCUUUCGAUACAUCCAGCGUGGUUUGGGCUUCGACACCAUCGUUGAAUUGCAUAUAUUCGACAGUCUACGAAUUAGAUUUUCUACAUCUGAGCUGGCAGGGUCAUUGUGCACCUCGACAUCGUUUGUGAAUUGUU